AGCAGGGAAGCUGUGUGGCUGACCUAGACCUGCCAAACUACAGGUGGGGAGACCGGGCCGCUAUACCACCUACCUCCCAACCAGCCCCAGAAAUAAGAGACCUUAUAGACUGGUCCUGGGAAGACAUCCAGUUGGCAGGUGGAGAUGGGACCAAAGUCUCUCCACCAGCUCUACAGGGACGCUGGUCAGCCUGCCCAGAUCUCUAA